GGAUUUCCUUUUUCGACAUGGUAAUAACUGGUUGUGAACGUGACGUCACGAUAAUAUCAACAUCGAUGCCAUUGAUAUAUAGAACUGAGAUAUAUCGAACAUCAACUUCAAAUGUCCAUUUAUAAAAUAUCCACCUUGUCCAUAGUACACAGAACAGAAUGCCAACAGCCAUCGUAACCGGCGCAACAGGUAAGCUCCAUUCAUCUCGUACCCCAAUUGAUAACCCCCCAGCGCCAACUACAACAAUACAGGCCUCACGGGCGCCGCCAUCGUCCGCCACCUAAUCAACGAUCCAUCAUAUACAAAGAUCUAUACCCUCUCCCGCAGUCAACCAGGAACCCAACACCCCAAAAUCCAACAUGCCCACCUCGACCUCCAAGACUCUGCCUCCUCAAUGGCCAACAGCCUCUCCGGCAUCUCAGCAGACUACAUCUACUUCUGCGCGUAUCUAGCCAAAUCCGAUGAAGAAGAAGCGGCACGUGUUAACGGCGCGCUAUUAGAGAAUUUUAUCAAAGCGUUGGAUUUCACGGGUGCGAUUAAGCAGCUUAAGCGGUUUAUUCUGACGUGCGGGUUUAAGCACUAUGGUGUGCAUUUAGGGAUGCCGAAACAACCGCUUGUUGAGACGGAUCCGAGGCUGGAGGGGGGUAUUGGGGGUGUGAAGUGGCCGUCAAACUUUUAUUAUGUGCAGCAGAAAAUUAUCGAGGACGCUGCGGCAAGGGGUGGUUGGGAGUGGAUUUGUACGCUUCCUAAUGAUGUUAUUGGGUAUGCGAAGGGGAACUUUAUGAAUGAGGCUGCGUCAUUGGGGUUAUAUGCAACGAUCUGCAAGAUGCAGCCUGGGUCGAAGCUGAUAUUUCCUGGUAACAAGAAAAAUUACUUUGUGUACAACUGUUGGACAUCCGCUGAGCUACAUGCGCGUUUCUGUCUCUGGGCUUCUACGGCUCCGGGUGCUGGGAACAACAUCUUUAACGUCGUUAAUGGCGACACACAGUCUUUCCAGGAACUAUGGCCGCGGUUGGCCGAGCGCUUCGGUUGCAAGAUCCCGGAGGAUAUGUUCAGUCCCUCGACUACGGGGGCGUAUGCCAACCAGUCAACGAAUAUGGAUAUGAAGACUAAGCACCCGAUUGUUGUUCAUGCACAGAAAAUGGGUAUUGCCGAUAACCAUAUCCUCAAGACACCACCGGCACUGUGUCUCCCGAUUGACCCUGCGAAAUGGUCGCAGCGGGACGAUGUUAAAGAAGCGUGGAAAACAGUCCAGUCGAAGUAUGACUUAGAUGAGGAUGCAUGGGACAAGGCUACAUGGGACUUUUUGACGUUUGUUCUGGGACGAGAAUGGGGUUGUGUAGGGAAUGUGAACAAGGCGCGGAAUUUGGGCUGGACAGGGUAUGAAGAUACCUGGGACUCGUUUGAAAAUGCGUUCCGCAUGUUAGAGGAAGGAGGUGUUCUUCCCCCGGUUGAGCAGUUGAAGAAGGAUUAUUCUUGAGUUUGGAAAAUGAAAUAUGUUUGUACAACUAGAGCCGAAAGCAAAAAUAUUAUAUUAUGCCAC